GCUUUAAGAACAGUGCUACUAGAAGUUGCGGGAAGGACAGAAGCGAAAAACGAUCGAAAAAGAAUUGAAUUACGGAUUCUUAGUUUGAUAUUGAAAGGAAAUUUUUGGUUUUACUUUUGUCUAAUACUGUACAUAGAAGCAAGAUGGAUUCAGAGCAAAGGAAGAGAAUCACUUCGAAUAUAACUUUUCUGAAGGAACGGCUGGGUUACAUGGACCCCAUUUUGGACCGUUUGGUCGAGAAGAAUGUGUUGACAAUGGAACAGAGAGAGAGGAUAGAGAAAGUACAGCCUCCCACUCCACACAAGAAAUUCAACGAGUUCAUACAGUUCUUGCUGGCGUCUCCGGAUCCGGGAACGUUUCCUUCUUUUAUCGCAUCCCUAGAGGACGAGCGAUAUUUCAACAUUGUGGAAAGAUUGCAAAAAGACGUCCCGGGAAGAAAGAGUGUGUCACGUGACACUUACGUCAGGCCUCAGACCAGCGUAUCUCGCCCCAAUACAGCCGUGGUGACGCAAAAGCAGACCUCGGAAUCCGCCGUAUCUGCAGUUCCGGAAAGAGUCGUUCGAUCAAAGACUUCCGUAUACAGACAGCCUGCGUACCACCUGGUCGAUGACGAAACGGACACGACUACGUCAGAUUCUCCCGUUCCACAGAGCCCGUCUCCAGUCAACCGCCCGAGGACCUCCAACAACCAUGACCCACACUACGGAGGGGCCAAGAUCGCGGACAGGGUCACGGUCGCUGUGGGUCACAUGUUUGCGGAGUUCAGUGGGAAGCUGACCAAUGAUCUCCUGGACGGUUUUGAGAGAAGGCGACACGAGGAGCGAAUCGAUAUGGAAAUUCGAAUCGAGAAAAAAAUCGACCACGUGAUCGAAAAACGAGUCGACGAGAAACUGGCGGUGUUUAAGCAAGAAUGGGAGCAGGAGAAGGCAAACUACUUGGAAGGCAACCAGAUGGCGCUUAACUCUCUUCAGGACAGCAUUGAGAGACUGCAGUCGUACCAAGAUGAGUAUAUCCUGCUGAAACAGAAAUACGAACAGUUGCAGUCGACGCACUCCCAGAUGCGCGAGAAGGAAAAUGAAAGAUGGCAGAAGCUAUCAACGCUCAACAAAGAUAACAACACCUUGAAGAACGAAGGUGAGGUACUGCGAGGUCAGAUCAUUGAGCUCAGGGACCGCGUCCAGGAACUGGAGAGCGACAACCGGGUCCUUAAGGACAACGAGAUCCAGGACCAGUGUAAGAUCAACCAACUGGUGGCCGACAAAGAGGACCUGCUAUCGGAGCUGGAGAGAACCGAACGGGAGAAGAUGGAUUUGAAAAUGAGAGUCGACUCUCUAUCACGCGAGAUCGAAAAGCUUCUGAACAACCAACAAGAGCGUGCCAGUCAAGAGGACAAGGCUUACCAAGAUGCACUACGAAAACAAAAUGACCGACUUGAUGAAUUGUACAAGGUCGUGCAGGCUCUUUCCGAUCGGGAUCGGCAAACAAGAAAUUUGUUUAUUGGCGGUUCUUCCAUGUCGAAAGCCAUCAGAUCAGCUGCGAGGCCUCCUAAAUAAGGCCGGCUGAAGAGGGAGGGGAUUAUGAGUUUGAUAUCGUCUUUUUGGUUGGUAUUUUGUUAGUUACGAUACCAGGUAUUUGAAAGCAGUUUCGAUCUUAAGAAAUCAUGAGCACCAAAGCGUCCCCCCUGGAUCAGAUAUUUCCAAAAGACCGGUAUUACACAGCAUAGUAUACAAUUCAGUAUUGAUAUUUUCGGGUACUGAGAGUAAAGCAUUAGAAAUCCUUUUCAUCUGACUCUUAAAACGGUACCAUACUAAACUCAUGAAAUUGUUGAAUUACUUUGUUGCAAUUAAUGAUUUAAUAGUCAUGUUUGAUUAUUUGUACAAAUUUUAUUGUACGAUUGCGUGUCUGUUGUUCAAAAUAUAUACAUUGUAUAGAAAGACUUCGUUAUAGAUACAUGUACAUGUGUAUGUUCAUAUGCUCUCUUUUUUACAUCAAUUUUUGUUUUGUUAUUAUUUUGUUUGUUUUUCAAAAUGUACUCUUGUUGAUUUCAAGAAUGUAGGCCAUUAGCCAUUUUGAACAAAGUAGGACAAUUCCAUACGCCUUAUUUCUAAAACAAAAAAUUCCAUAUUGCCAGGUUCUUUAAACCACCCUAUCUAUUGGAUCUUUUCCCUAACAACUUAAACCCAUGCAUUGUAACAAUUGUGUUGUGUUUAACCAAUGUCUUUUCUGUUCCUGAUAAGUAUCGUUCCAGAGAAUGAUCCAGGAUUUGUUUUUAAGCCAAGUUUCAUAUAUAUGUAUAAAUAUUUAUUGUGUUCAUACCUAUUUUAUUGUAUCUGAGGCAUUUUAAGUGGUUCCUGUUGAAAGCAACAUGAGCUGUAAUUAUUUUUUCAUCUCGCGAAAUUUUUUGGGGCAAAAUCUUAACAGACAAAAAGAAUAAUAUUCUAUAAAUUUCUGUUUGGCAUCUUGCUGGGAGAAAAAUUUAUUAAGAGGAUUUUAAUUGAAGUAAAAUUGAAAAUGUCGUCCUGUACAAACAUUAUAUUGAUAAGUACAGAAUUCCAUGAUUUGAUUGUAUUAAAUUAUAAAGGGCUCAGCUAAUUGCAGAACUGUCAUAGAUCAUGAAAAUAUAUUUUUACAGCAAAAUGAUAUUCUUAAAAAUACAGCUCAUAUUACUUUAUAUUUUCAUCAUUUUGAAGAAUUUUGAUGUCGAAUAUUAAAUAAGGAACUUCAUUUUAUUUUUGAAAUAUGAAUAAUAACAAAUAUGUAUUUAUUUAUAAUGUUUACGAUUUGUAAACACAAAUCAAGAAUAUGUAUUUGAUGACAAAUUAGAAAUUUUUUUGCAAUACAUGUUUAUAUCCAUUUACAUAUUAUACUAUCAUGGGUUUCACUAAAAAAUAAAAAUAUC